CAAAGAGGGGCGGCUCAACUCCCAAGUUCCGAUCUUUGGACGAGGACUCAUCACUCUCUUGUUCGAUUCCGUGGUCACGAAAAGAUAUUGCUCAAGGAUCAAAGCCUCUUCAAGGGACAACGGAAUGGCGACGGAGACAUUGAUCGUGGUGUCUCCACCGGAGGAGCCGGCGGUCCUCGAACCGAUAAGUACGAAAGAUGUUCUGUCUGGGCUUGAUGGGGUUUUUCCAAUGGAUGAGGCCGUGGUCGAAGCUUUGCCACAGGGUUCGACUUUCCUCUCGGCGGAGCCAUUUGGCACGAGUGCCUGGACGGUUACCGGAAAAGUCAUGGCAAGGGAGCCGGAUGGGACUGAAAAGGCUUAUUUCCUCAAAAUCGCAUAUGGCGAGCACGGUGGGGUGAUGCUCAAGGGCGAAUUCGAGUCGGCCAAGGAGAUAUACAGACUCAUGCCGGGGUUUAUUCCCCAGCCGUUCGCAUACGGUCGAUACAAGGUGUCAAACCCAGUCCCGUACUUCUACUUGUCCGAGUUUAUCGACAUGGACAUCACCACAGCUCCAGACCCGGGAGAGUUUGCUACCAAGCUUGCCGAACUGCACAAGAAGAGCGAGUCUCCGACCGGAAAGUUCGGAUUCCACGUCGUGACCUGCGAUGGCAAAAUGCCACAUACGGUGGAUUGGCAGGAUAGCUGGGCCGUCUUCUUUGGGAGACUCCUCCAGGGCAUUUGCAAGAUUGACAGAGAGACGAAUGGACCGUGGCCGGAGAUGGAGCGGGCCACAGAGCAGCUUAUCACCAAGGUUAUACCGCGUCUGCUCGGAAACCUUCGGCACGAUGGCGAACCUAUUAAACCGUGUAUCAUCCACGGAGAUCUCUGGGAACCAAACUUGGGAAUCAAUCUGGAGACUGGCGAGCUCAUGAUGUACGACGUUGGGUCGUACUACGCUCAUAAUGAGAUGGACCUGGGACAAUGGAGAGCCGACUUCUGUUCGCACCUCCGAUCGCCGAUAUAUCCACGACAGUAUCUGCGGCAUUAUCCUGCCGCAGAGCCGGCGGAAGAGUUCGAUGAUCGGAACCGACUCUACAGUCUCAAGGGGACGAUUAAUUAUUCCGCUGGGCACCCCGGAUGCAUUGUGCGGCAGACUGCUUAUAACAACAUGUGCUAUCUCUGUGAGAAGUAUGCUCCAAUCGAUGGGAUUGAUAAAUAUGACCCUCAGAAGGAUCCAUCAGUCACCGGCGCCCGACUUGUGCCUACGUUCACCAAACCGGAUGAUGAGGUUUCUCCAUGACGGGGCUGUGAAGAAAGUCAGGAAUCUGUCUGUUGUUGGCAGAAAUUUGGAGAGAUCAGGGAGCACUGUGUAUUCAUUAGCCAUAUACAGCCGUAUUUUGCUUCCUGUGCCUGAUAUACAGCUAAUUAUUGUAUGUUGGAUAGGACUAACACAUUCUGGGCUUCCGAAAUCCUCAUAAAUGACCAUAACUGGGAAAGUGUUCUAGCUGCUACGAUAUAAACCCAAAUGUAAAACGCC